AUGACCACUACUACUACUACUACUACUACUACUACUACUACUACUACUACUACUACUACUACUACUACUACUACUACUACUACUACUACUACUACUACUACUACUACUACUACUACUACUACUACUACUACUACUACUACUACUACUACUACUACUACUACUACUACUACUACUACUACUACUACUACUACUACUACUACUACUACUACUACUACUACUACUACUACUACUACUACUACUACUACUACUACUACUACUACUACUACUACUACUACUACUACUACUACUACUACUACUACUACUACUACUACUACUACUACUACUACUACUACUACUACUACUACUACUACUACUACUACUACUACUACUACUACUACUACUAGUACUACUACUACUACUACUACUACUACUACUACUACUACUACUACUACUACUACUACUACUACUACUACUACUACUACUACUACUACUACUACUACUACUACUACUACUACUACUACUACUACUACUACUACUACUACUACUACUACUACUACUACUACUACUACUACUACUACUACUACUACUACUACUACUACUACUACUACUACUACUACUACUACUACUACUACUACUACUACUACUACUACUACUACUACUACUACUACUACUACUACUACUACUACUACUACUACUACUACUACUACUACUACUACUACUACUACUACUACUACUACUACUACUACUACUACUACUACUACUACUACUACUACUACUACUACUACUACUACUACUACUACUACUACUACUACUACUACUACUACUACUACUACUACUACUACUACUACUACUACUACUACUACUACUACUACUACUACUACUACUACUACUACUACUACUACUACUACUACUACUACUACUACUACUACUACUACUACUACUACUACUACUACUACUACUACUACUACUACUACUACUACUACUACUACUACUACUACUACUACGACUACGACUACUACUACUACGACUACGACUACGACUACGACUACGACUACUACGACUACUACGACUACGACUACGACUACGACUACGACUACGACUACGACUACGACUACGACUACGACUACGACUACGACUACGACUACGACUACGACUACGACUACGACUACGACUACGACUACGACUACGACUACGACUACGACUACGACUACGACUACUACUACUACUAUAUUCAUAUUGUAUAACUAAGCUUUUAUUUGACCUAUUGUUUUAUUAUUCUUAACUGAUUAAUUACAGUCUCUCACAACCACAGCCACAUUUUGGUUUGAUCCUCCUAUUUUAUGGUAUGAUGUCGUCUAGUUUGCUUGUAUACAAACCAGAUAUUGGUGUUCUGAACUCAACAGGCAGAGCUAAAUGAGAAGGAUCGAUAUGGAUUUUAGGCUGCUCGUA